CACCUGAAGUUGCAUAGAACAGAUAGAGAAACAGCAAAAUCAAUGACGAAGAUUGAGAUGAAAUAAAUAGUGAAAGAAAGGUGCAGAGUAAUUCGUGUAGUUCAACCACCACUCUCACCCCUCAAUUUUCUUAACCUAUAUUAAAAACUCGAUCCAACUUUUUCUCCAUCGUAACUAAGAUUCAGUUCAAACCCAUUUCAAUUUUCUGUUCUCCGAUUCCUCAGGCGAGCUUUAUAAGCUCGCCUCUCCCAGAUCAUGCCCGGAAUCUUCAAAACCUUCCACUUCUCCGCCGUCUUCAUCGCCGUCUUCGCCCUCUGCGUUCUCCCGCCUGCGACAGCCGAUGACGGCCACUCGACGGUUCUCCGGCUGCCGUCCCAGGUCGCCGGUGACGAAGGGCAGAAAGUAUGCGGCGGGGUGGCGCCGUCGUCGUGCCCCGUUAAGUGUUUUCGGACGGACCCGGUUUGCGGCGUGGACGGUGUGACGUACUGGUGCGGGUGCAGCGAAGCCGCGUGCGCCGGCGCACAGGUUGCGAAAAUGGGGUUCUGUGAAGUGGGGAAUGGCGGUUCCGUCCCUCUGUCUGGUCAGGCAUUGCUUUUGGUGCAUAUUGUGUGGCUCAUCGUACUAGGUUUCUCCGUCUUCUUUGGUCUUUUUUGAAAGAGGAUGUAACAGUAACAGUAGUAUACGUACGCAUAGCAGAUAGAGUUACGUAUUAUUGUACGACUAUGUCUAUACGAUGCUUAUGGCUAUUCUUGUUUUCUAAGGAAUGUUUUAGUUCGUCGGAGAACAUCAUAGAAUUCAGAUUUUUAGACACUUUGGUCCUUGUAAUAUUCUCUCUGGAAAUGCAGCGUUACAUUGUUGUCA